UCUUCUCUCUUCUCUCUUCUCUCUUCUCUCUCUCUCACUUCUUCUUGUUCUCCGAUUUGUAGACCAGAAGGGUUCUAGGGUUUUUAAUCGGCGAUCACGACGGCUGUUCUGCUCAACCACGAUCACGACGCUUAACUCUAAUGGACUGGUCAGAGGAAGAAGGAGAGAUUUUACCUGAUUCAGUUGAUGAGUACUAUUUCGUUGAUGAGAGUGAGGUACCUGUAAAGUUUUGUGUUGUUCCGCUCAAAUGGCAUAGUGUGGAUUCGACUGAUAUCUCGGGAUCGCCUGUGUUUUUGCGUGGGAAUACUGAUUGUGGAGAUCAGUCGUUUUGUAAGCUUGUACAAGGGUGGAACUUUGAUCUUUCUGUUGAUGAAAAUCCCAAGAUUGAGGUGCUUUUACAUGGGAUGCACUGGAUUACUUUACAGAGUCCGAGAAAGAGUUAUGAGAGUUUAGUUAGAACUACUCUGGUUAGUCUUCAAUUUCUUCACUUUGUCAAAAGGAAUCCGGAUGCGUCGAGGAAUGAUGUGUGGAAUAGCUUACAGAAACUGGAUGGGAUCCAGCCUUCAGAGGAUGACUUAGCAGAUCAUGUUUCUUUACUUUCUGAAGCUAUAAAAAGGGAUGAAGAUUUAACAAAAUCGAAGUGUUUGCUUACUUUUCUGGAGAAGACUUUACAAACAAUACCUAUAGAAGUGGAACUUCCAACGCACCAUCAACAAGAUGCGCAGACACCAAUGGAACAGAACGUCAUUGUUGAUAAUAUGAUAGAUGAGGAAUUCAGCAGCGAUGAUGAUUCUGAGACAAACCUGCAGUUUGAUCCAGUCUGUUCAAUUUGUGACAAUGGUGGCUAUGUUCUGUGUUGUGAAGGAAGUUGCUUGAGAUCUUUCCAUCCAACCAUAGCUGACGGAAUUGAGACACACUGUGAAUCGCUAGGAUUCACUGACAAGACUCAAAUUCAUGCACUUGGGACCUAUUUGUGUAACAAUUGUCUCUAUAAACAGCACCAGUGCUAUGCUUGUGGCGAAUUAGGAUCCUCUGAUGAAAACUCCUCUCAACAGGUCUUCCCUUGCUCUGCAUCAAACUGUGGUCAUUUCUACCAUCCUAAUUGUGUUGCAAGACUUCUCUGUGCUGAUGAUCAAAUCAAAUCAGAAGAACUUCAAGCCAAGAUUGCUGCUAGAGACUGCUUUGCCUGUCCUUUACACAUAUGUAAAGUCUGUAACACAAGUGAAGACAAGAAUCAGUAUGCGUUGCAUUUUGCUGUAUGCAGACGUUGCCCAACAGCUUAUCACAGAAAAUGUUUACCUAGGGAAAUUACCUCUGAACUCAACUCUGAGGCUGACACAUUGCAAAGAGCUUGGGAAAGACUGCUUCCGUACAACCGCAUUCUUAUAUAUUGUUUGGCGCAUGAGAUAGAAGGUCCUAUUCUUACUCCAGCUAGAGACCACUUAAUAUUUCCUGAUAUAUCUGGCCAAAGAAGAACACGAAGUCACGGGCUAGCACAGUUCAAAGAGGAUGUUCCCAGUAAGGAGACAGAUCUGGAGCAUCAUGAUGGUCUAUCUAGUUGUCCUGGUGACACUUAUAAGAAACCAAAGAAAGAUAAUAGGUUUCAGGAAGUGGAAGAGAGGGUGAUGGGUAUAAUCGACGAAGUGGAAUCCUCGUUUAACUUUGAUGAGUUUGUUAAGUCUCGCCGGCAAACCCAUAUAAAAUCCUACCAUUCCGGAAAUGAUAUCAGUAAGACAAUCACAACAGGAUUGGUUCAGACUCAUGUCAAUGCCGCUCGAGCUGCCUUAAAGAUGUUUGAAGAAGGGCGUGACAGAGAAGCAAAAGUUAUAUUUGAUCCAGAUAUCCUACUCGAACUCAUGAAGCAUAAGAGGAAGCUUGAAAUAUAUCUUUCGCCUUUUCUCCAUGGUAUGCGCUAUACAUCGUUUGGUCGUCACUUCACAAACCAAGAGAAGCUUAAAGAGAUAGUAGAGAGGCUUCACUGGUAUGUUGAAAAUGGCGAUACGGUAAAUGUAGUCGACUUUGGCUGUGGCUCUAAUGACUUCAGUUGUUUGAUGAAAGAAAAGCUUAUGAAAACGGGAAAAACAUGCUUCUUUAAAAACUUUGAUCUCAUUCCACCUAAGAACAACUUCAACUUUGAGAAGAGAGAUUGGCUGAGUGUGAAUCCAGAAGAGUUACCUGAUGGCUCUCAAUUGAUUAUUGGAUUAAACCCGCCUUUCGGUCACAAAGCCAGUCUUGCUAACACUUUCAUCAGGAAGGCCCUCGAGUUUAAACCGAAGAUUUUAAUCCUCAUCGUACCAAGUGAAACAAAAAGGGUCGAUUUGAUUGCUGAUUAUGACUUGAUUUGGGAGGACAGAACAUUACUUUCUGGCAUGUCAUUCUACUUGCCCGGGUCGGUAGAUGUGAAUAAUAAAACGAUAGAGCAGUGGAACAAUAUACCGCCACCUCUUUACCUUUGGAGCCGAAGAGACUGGGGUAAAAUCCACAAGACUAGAGCACUUCAACAGGAUCACAUAACACAAAUGCAUCACUCCACCUACAACAACAAAAUUCACCACGCAGAGAUCUCUCAAGUUGAUGUUGAUAAUGCUAUGGUACAAGACAUGGAGAUAUCCCCUGCCCGAAUAUAUUACUAACUUGUCCGACUGUGAGAAAUAGAAACAUUACUACAUCCUUAGCUUUUGAAAAUAGUAUGUGAUGAAACCUUAGUGUUGUCUAUGAAACUAGUAUGGAUCGAUGAGCACAUAUUUCCAAAACUUUGUAUUUGUCAUCUCAGCUAGUUCUUGCUUCCUCCUCUGUUUUUCUGGUAGUGAAUAAGUGUAGCCAAUUUUUAAGUUC